UCAAACGUAUACUAGAAAGGAUAAGACUGUCCAUUCGCAUCAAAGGCAAAGAGAUGAAGAAAGGGAAGUUGGGUUGGGGGUUGGGAGUGUUAGUGGUGUUAAUGUUGAUUUUAGAAUCAUCAACUUCAAGUCGUGGGGUUAGAUGGAGGAAGGCGAUGCAGCAUCAAGAAAGGGAGCCAUUGAUGGUGCCCAAUCGUGUUGGGGUAUCAUCCGUCAUGUUCCCACUACAUGGGAAUGUGUAUCCUACUGGGUACUAUAAUGUCACAAUCCAAAUAGGCCAACCACAGAAGCCUUACUUUCUUGAUGUAGAUACUGGAAGUGACCUUACAUGGCUUCAGUGCGAUGCUCCUUGCAUCCGUUGCAUGGAGGCACAUCACCCAUAUUACAGACCCAACAAUGAUCUUCUAAGCUGUAACGAUCCGCUAUGUAAGUCCCUACAAUCAAAUGGUGGAAACAGAUGUGAUUCAGGGCAAUGUGACUAUGAGGUUGAGUACGCAGAUGGUGGUUCAUCUCUUGGUGUCCUUGUCAGGGAUGUAUUUCCUCUUAACUUUACGAAUGGAGCUCAGGCUAGGCCUCAUCUUUCCCUGGGGGAUGUCGUUCCCCUCAACUUUACAAACGGAGCCUGGUCCAGCCCGCGUCUCGCCCUGGGAUGCGGAUAUAAACAAUCACCCGAUGCAACUAACCAUCCUUUGGAUGGAAUACUUGGCCUUGGUAGAGGAAAAACCAGCAUCAUAUCUCAGCUUAGCAGUCAGGGUUUUGUUCGAAAUGUUGUUGGCCACUGCUUAAGUUCGCGAGGUGGAGGAUACCUCUUCUUUGGAGAUGACAUUUACGAUUCAUCUCAUGUAACAUGGACAGCACUGUCACAGGAGCAUCCAAAGCACUACUCACCUGGUUAUGCAGAACUUUAUUUUGGUGGGAGGACUACUGGCUAUAAGAAUCUGUUUGUAACAUUUGACAGUGGUAGCUCAUACACUUACUUCAACUCCGAGGCAUAUCAAGGUUUAGUUUAUCUGGUGAAGAAAGACUUACAUGGCCAACCCUUGAAAGAGGUACCUGAUGACCAGACACUCCCACUUUGUUGGAAAGGCCACAUACCAUUCCAAAGUAUACACGAUGUCGAAAAUUAUUUCAAGCCCUUUGCACUGAGAUUCACAAAUGGUGGGGAAUCUAAGAGUACUCUGUUCGAAUUUACUCCGGAAACUCAUCUUAUAAUAUCAUCUAAAGGAAACGUUUGCAUGGGAAUUCUAAAUGGUACUGAAGUCGGACUCGGAAAUUUGAAUCUCAUUGGAGAUAUAUCGAUGCAAGACAGAAUGGUGAUCUACGACAACGAAAAGCAAAUGAUGGGGUGGGAACCUGCAGAUUGUGAUAGCAUCCCCAAGUCCACAAGCAGCAUACUUUGGUGAUAAGAAAGAAUACUACUAUCAUUCUGAUUAUACAGUCCAGUUACCAUCAGAGAAUAACUCCUGUAGAAAUUCUCCUGUUAGAAUAUGAAGGGGAAUGAUUAUAGAUAGAUAUGAUUUGUGUACAGAAUACUGUAGUGUAUAUAUAUCUAUAUAUCAGCAUAUUUUUACCAAGUCAUUCGGGUGCCCUGUCCAUAUCAAUCCACAUUUUCAAGCACAAACAAGAGCAGCCUUACCGAUCCGUGUUUUUUUUCCUCAAAAUAUGAGAUGAACGCACUAGAUUUCACAUGGAUCAAGAAUAUCCGUCUCUUAUAAUUUGGGAUGGUUGGAAUAAAAGAAAACACUAGAAUUCUUAGCAUUUUUGCACAAAGAAUGCUCUUCAUUUGAAUCUUUCAAACUUUCAUAAAUGGAAAUUACAUAUGUAAGAAUUUCCUACAAUAAUCAUCAUCAACAUAUUAACAGGACCAAAAAAAUAGUCAGGAGCUUAAACCGUCCGAUUUCCCAAUUACCUGACCCACCUAAAUAAUCUGUUUCCUAAUGAAUACCAGCAAAUAGGCAAAGAAUGAAAAUGGGCCGGGCCCACAAUAGGCCCACCAUCUUUUUUUCUUUUUCUUUUUUUU